AUACCCCAUCAUUAAAAAAGCCAACGCAAACGCUCGGUGAUCCAUUACUUAUGCCUGGAAGCAUGGCGAAUUUUGUGGAAGCUUCGUCUCGGCAGCAGUUUGAGGACCUUUUAAACAGAGCUGGCAGCUCGCUCUCCGUGGUCCACUUCUGCGCGCCAUGGGCCCCACAGUGCGAGCAGAUGAACGGUGUGAUGGAGGAGCUGGCCAAGCAGCAUCCGCACGUCACGUUCGUCAAGCUGGAGGCCGAGGCCGUGCCGGAGGUGUCUGAGAAGUACGAGAUCUCCUCAGUACCUACCUUUCUCUUCUUUAAGAGCGGCGGGAAGAUUGACAGACUGGACGGAGCCCAUGCCCCCGAGCUGACGAAGAUGGUCCAGAGGCUGGUGUCCAGCGCCGCCCAGCCGGCCGGUGCAGGGGGCCCCCCCAAAGUGGAGCUUAAUGAGCGCCUGCGCAGGCUAAUCAAUGCAGCGCCCUGCAUGCUGUUUAUAAAGGGCUCGGCCCAGGAGCCACGCUGUGGAUUUAGCCGGCAGAUGGUGCAGAUCCUGAAGGACCACAGCAUCCAAUUCAGCAGCUUCGACAUCCUGUCUGACGAGGAGGUGCGGCAGGGCCUGAAGACCUACUCCAACUGGCCCACGUACCCCCAGGUGUACGUCAACGGGGAGUUGGUGGGGGGGCUGGACAUCGUUAAGGAACUUGUUGAAUCAGGCGAACUGGCAAACACUUUCCAGAAGGCAGAGACACUAGAUGACAGGUUGAAGUCGCUCAUCAACAAGAAUCCUGUCAUGCUCUUCAUGAAGGGCAACAAACAGGGGGCCAAAUGUGGAUUCAGCCGUCAGAUUCUCGAAAUCCUGAACAACGAGGGUGUGGAGUUCGACACUUUUGACAUACUCUCCGACGAGGAGGUUAGACAGGGACUAAAGACUUAUUCCAAUUGGCCCACGUACCCUCAGCUGUAUGUGAAGGGGGAGCUUAUUGGUGGACUGGACAUAGUGAAGGAGCUGAAGGAAAGCGGCGAGCUCCAGUCCGUGCUGAUGGACGGAUGCUAGUGGACGUGGACCUCAUUCUGUUACCUUAACUUCCAGCGCUUAAAGCAGCCUCGUACCUGUAUCAGUUCCUUAAUGCCAGUGCUGUAUGGAGCACAUUCUCGGUGGAUUAAAUAUGAUGCCGCAAAAGA